UCAACUUGGAUCUAUUAUUCAUAUAUAAAUGACAAAAAUUUAAAGCAGAAACGAGAGAAAUUUGCAUAAAUUUUUUAAUUUUUGUUAAAGUAUUGUUUCCUUUAUAUUGUGAAAUGUGGACGAAUAUUUUAGAUCUUCCAAUCUAUGACUGCAAGAUACUAUCGAUUUUUAUUUUCGUCGAAUUAUGUAUUGUGGCCUUCUUGACUAUUCUUCAUCAUAAUGAAAUAAUGGAAUUAAAAAAGCGCAUUUUGCCUACAACAAUAUUAACGGUUCUUUCGGAAAACCACAAAGAUGCAGAUAAACAUCUUCAAAAGCUCACGGAUAAGCUUACGGAGAAAAAGCGAGUGUUUCAGCGAUAUCGUACUGAAAUAAAGAAUCUAGAGAACAUUUUAAGCGACGUUGAAAACAAGACUCUAUCGUACCGAGAUCGCUACAGAUUCGUAAUGACAGCUUUGAAGAAAGAUGUUCGUAAAACGGAAAUUGAGAUGAAGAUGUUGCAUGGUCAUAUUUCAAAACUGUCUUUCCGACGAGAGGAGCUAAAGAAUGAAGUAUUAAAGCAAGGUGAAGAUUAUCGGAGAUUAAUUGAUAACUUUGCUAAAGAUUUGGGGCACAAUGAAGUAAUUUUCUCUAUGUUAAUUUAAAUCACCCUUUUAACGACUUAUUUAUAAGUUUGAUAUCGUGCUUAUUCCAGUGAUU